AUGCGGUUCACGCUCCUCGUCUUCGCAAGCGCCGUCGCCGCAUCGCCCUUCCCAUGGGCAAAGGUCGAAGCCGUUACCUCCGCAAUCUCGUCCGUCCUCGCGGCUCCUACGGGAAAUGCAACGAAGACGCGCCAUCACAACCACCACAAGGAACCAACACCGACUUUGCAGUUGCCAUGCAGCUGCCAACAGGCCAUCAUCCCGGCUGGGCAGAUGAACGCUAAGGAGUUGUGCGAGUACAAAUACUUCUUAAAUCUGGCUUGCUUCCAUCAAACACAGGGCGGAUGCGCAUCACCAACGCUGGCUACUGCGCAAGCCAGCCCGGCGGUUGACCUUUCGUAUCCCUCGUACCAAAACUCCAAGGACUGAACAAAGAAUGAUGCUUAUGCGGGCUGAUGUCGUGGCCUAAUCAACCUG